UUUAUGCAGACGGAAAGUGAGAGAUGGAUCGAUUCGAUAACUCACCCGAAAAACCAUCCAACACGCCACCCUUGCCCAGAGACCCACGUGGCUCCCUCGAAGUCUUCAAUCCAUCAGCCACAUACGCUUCCAAUUCCAAACCUACCCACUCGGUCUACCGUCCCCACUCCACGUGGCAGAACUGUGGUGACCCACUUGACAUUCCAGAACCCGAAGCAUCACCGAAUCUCCCUAUCCCCUCCGGCUCGGCAAUCGGAAGGACGGCAGUACCGGACCAAGAGAUCACACCAUGGCCGGCCAUCAAGGAUCCGAUCCGAUCACCACUGUCACUACUACCACAUCUCGUAGCAGAGAAAUCAACGGAGAUCCCAUCGUCCGGUGAAUUCGGUGCGGCAGCUCAGAGAGCGGCGGAAUGGGGACUGGUACUGAAAACUGACACGGAAACCGGAAAACCGCAGGGUGUCACAGUGAGGACUUCCGGAGGGGAAGACGGAUGUCAGAAGGCCGAGACGUCUUGGAGAAACUCGGGAAACUCAGUUCGGACCUCGGACGAGUUGUCUGAUGGUGGAGAUGGGAAGGAGAGAGGGAUUCCGAGAGUGUCGAAAGAUUUGAAAGACGCGUUGUCUACGUUUCAACAAACGUUUGUAGUGUCGGAUGCAACCAAACCCGAUUACCCGAUCUUGUAUGCCAGCGAAGGGUUCUUCAAGAUGACUGGUUACACCUCCAGAGAAGUUGUCGGCCGUAACUGUCGGUUUCUGCAAGGUGUGGGAACGAAUCCUGAAGACGUAUAUAAGAUAAGAGAAGCGUUGGAAGGUGGAAGGAGCUACUGUGGACGCUUGUUGAACUACAAGAAGGACGGGACGCCCUUCUGGAACCUUCUCACUAUCACUCCCAUCAAGGACGAUACCGGAAAGAUCCUCAAAUUCAUCGGAAUGCAAGUGGAGGUGAGCAAGCAUACAGAGGGAGCUAAGGACAAGAUGCUUCGUCCCAAUGGAUUGCCAGAAUCUUUAAUCCGAUACGAUGCCCGGCAGAAGGAAAUGGCAGUUAAUUCUGUAACGGAGCUCGUGGAGGCCAUGAAGCAACCUCGCCGUCUAUCUGAAUCAACAACAAACCGAGUGCCAUUGAUGAGGAAGUCCGAAGGUGGUGGUGGUGGUGGAGGAGGAUCUCGUAGAAACUCAGAAGAUGGGGCUACUACAACAAUGGCUCCACCACGAAGAAGGCAUUCACAUGGUAGUAUAAACUUGAGAAGAAGCUCCAUGCAACGGAUUAGUGAAAAGCUUGAAACCAAACCCAAAAAUCCUGCUCGACGUUCCUUUAUGGGGUUCAUAAAGAAAAGUAAAUCAAAUGUCGAAAACAUGGAAGAGGAAGUUGGUUCAGAGGAUGAUCAAAAUAGUACAGAUGAUGAGAGACCUGAUAGUGUUGAUGACAAAGUAAGACAAAAAGAAAUGAGGAAGGGGAUUGAUCUUGCUACAACACUUGAACGAAUCGAGAAAAAUUUUGUCAUUACAGAUCCAAGAUUGCCUGAUAAUCCAAUUAUAUUUGCAUCAGAUAGCUUCUUGGAGUUGACAGAGUACAGCCGUGAAGAGAUAUUGGGAAGAAACUGCAGAUUUCUCCAAGGUCCCGAAACUGAUCCGGCCACCGUGAAGAAAAUCAGAGAAGCUAUUGAUAACCAAAGGGAUGUCACUGUGCAGCUCAUCAACUACACAAAAAGCGGUAAGAAGUUCUGGAAUUUGUUUCAUCUGCAGCCCAUGCGAGAUCAGAAGGGAGAAGUACAGUAUUUUAUUGGGGUACAGCUUGAUGGCAGUGAACAUGUUGAGCCGCUUCACAACUGUAUUCCAGAGUCUACUGCAAAUGAGAGUUCAAAAUUGGUGAAAGAGACUGCAGGAAAUGUUGAUGAAGCAGUGAGGGAACUUCCGGAUGGUAACAUGAAACCAGAGGAUCUGUGGAUCAAACAUUCAAAGACAGUUCUCCCAAAGCCUCAUAGGAAGGACAGCUCAUCUUGGAGAGCUAUUCAAAAGAUUCUACAUAGUGGAGAAGAGAUAGGCUUAAAACAUUUCAGGCCAGUAAAACCAUUGGGAUCUGGUGACACAGGCAGUGUGCAUUUGGUGGAAUUGUGUGGAACUGGUGAAUACUUUGCAAUGAAGGCUAUGGAUAAGGGUAUUAUGCUUAACCGCAACAAGGUCCAUAGAGCUUGUGCUGAAAGAGAAAUUCUUGACAUACUGGAUCACCCUUUUCUUCCUGCAUUAUAUGCUUCUUUUCAGACCAAAACCCAUAUUUGUCUGAUAACGGAUUACUUCCCUGGUGGAGAGCUCUUUUUGCUGUUGGAUCGGCAACCCAUGAAAGUCCUUAAGGAAGAUGCAGUAAGAUUCUAUGCUGCAGAAGUAGUUAUUGCUCUAGAGUACCUUCACUGUCAAGGUAUAAUCUACAGAGAUUUGAAACCUGAGAAUGUCUUACUCCAGAGCAACGGCCAUGUAUCCUUGACAGAUUUUGAUCUAUCAUGUUUGACAUCUUGCUAUCCUCAGCUUUUGAUUCCAAAUACCCAGGCUAAGAAAAAACAUCAGAAAGGCCAACAACCUCCAAUCUUUAUGGCAGAGCCAAUGCGAGCAUCAAAUUCUUUUGUUGGAACUGAGGAGUACAUAGCACCGGAGAUUAUAAGUGGAGCUGGCCAUACUAGUGCAGUUGACUGGUGGGCUCUUGGAAUUCUUCUCUAUGAAAUGCUUUAUGGAUAUACACCAUUUAGAGGAAAGACAAGGCAGAAAACUUUUGCCAAUAUUCUUCACAAAGACGUUAAAUUUCCAGGAAGUAUUUCAGUAAGUCUCCAUGCAAAGCAGUUGAUGUACCAGUUGUUGCAAAGAGACCCCAAAAGAAGAUUGGGUUCAAAUGAAGGAGCAAAUGAAGUAAAGCAACACCCAUUCUUCCGUGGUGUAAACUGGGCUCUGGUUCGCUGCAUGGUUAGAAUCUUAAACUUAUCAGUGUACUUGAGACCUCCUCAACUUGAUGCUCCCCUCUUUGGAACAAAUGAUGCUGAAAAGGAAGUCAAAGUUCUCGAUCCUGAACUUCUGGAUCUACAAACAAAUGUCUUCUAAGAGACAGCAGAAUCUAGAAAAACAUCUUUUGUUGUGGAACAUAAGGAUUUGGACAUCAAUCCACCUACUAGCUGAGGAAUCACACCAAGUACCCUCAGAUUUUGUAUACUAAAGCUUCUGUUCCAAAAAUGGAGUUUGGAACUCUUAUUAGAUGAGGAAAUGCAGCAUCUUCAUUGUUUUACCACUUGAAGUUUCAUUCUAUGUUGAGUGUUACCUGAACGUCCUGGUAAUCAA